AUGGCUUCAGGGUUUUUGCGAUGGAAGAACCACGUCGAUAAGCUGCUGCGGUUCAACCAUAUGACAAUGACGUUGAGUGCGGAGCCGUUCAACCUGUCGAAUUCAGGUGCACAGGCGAUGAACCACCAGCAUCACAAGCGGCACAGCGAGCGCAUGAAUCAGCGGUUUGCCGUCGAGAGCCGGCAUGCGACGGUGACCAUACAGUAUGCGUUCGACUCGACCUCGAACUUUCCGCAGCCGUUUUUGGCAUCCACCCCGCGGUUCCACUCAUCGUUCGAGCCGAGCCUGCGGCACCUGCCAUGUAUCCUGCUCCUACACGGCAAUGAGCCUGGUGGAUUUGAUGUGGCCCGGUGGAUGGCGGGUGGGAUCUCGCACGCGCACCAGCUGAUGAACCCGCUGAUGCCCAGCAAGUUCGGCUCGUAUUCGGUCUACAACGUGCAGGAGUUUGGCGGAACAUUCAACCAGUUUGAGGGAGGUCUGGAGGACGAGCCCAUGUAUACUAGAGUCAAGACAGAGAAGGUUGGCGAGACAGAGCCGAAAAGAUCGAGGGCACGGUAUGUCGAACCGGCGCCGCCGUUAAGCCUGUUGAGUCUGUCUCGGCCAGGGUACCUGGAAACAUCGUCGUCACAUACGCCGACCUUUGCAUCGCAGGCCACAGCGAUUGCUCGGCUGGUGGAGAACCUGCGAGUUCCCUCAGUCCACAUUAUCGCACACCAGGUUGCAGGGCCGAUUGCGCUGGAGAUCGCGGCGCUGUCUGGGUUCCGGCAGCGUGUGCGCUCAGUGUCGCUGAUUGAUCCACACCUGUCGCCGCCUGGAAAGGCACGGCGACUAUCAGACCGGCUAGGGCUGCUUGGCCCCGAGUGGACGCGGACACGAGCCGCGUACAGCGCGCUUGCGCGAUCCUCAGAUGACCCAUACUUCCGGCAGAUGGUGUCAGAGAUAUGCGGCAGCGAGAGCAUUGCGGAGAUCGACGAUGAUAUGGCGAUGGCCCAGCUGUACGAAGGCAUCAGUGUGUUUUUCUCGCACUGGAAUCUGCGCAAGCCAGGGGUGCUGAGUGACCUGCUAAUGUGGGAGCAGUUUGACCGCAAGCUGUGGGGGAUGGUGAAGGCGCCGGUGCAGUGCAUCAACAGCACCACUGAUGCGGACGGCAAGUUCCAGGCUGAGGAUCUUGCCAGGGAGGAAGCGACCAAGGCGGCGCUGGCCAGCAUCCGGAGCAAGCCCGAGUUUGUGCGGCUGGCGGGAUCAGGCAAGAUACUGUUCCCAUUAGGCAGGGUCAGCGACUUGUGUCUUGAUUUUAUCCGCAGACAUUAA